AUGGAGAAGGGCGUAGGCGUAUGGCUCCGUGAUGUAGAGACAGAUGAGUGGCAUCGCGCGACGGUCGUCAAACUUGGUGAGCCACAAAGCGACUCGGGCAAGCGGGAGGUGACGCUUUGUAUGAAUGAGGGACCGCAUGCAAGGACAGAGAAGACAAUACCGAUUGAUGUGACGGCGCUUGAAGAAGAGAAAGUAAACGGUGUACUACUUGCUAACAGUAGUGACAUGGACGUUGUUGAAGAUUUAAUCCAGUUGCCUCAUCUUCAUGAACCAGGAAUUUGUCACACACUGAGCGAGCGUUUCAAGAUUAAUGAGAUUUAUACGCUCACGGGUGAGAUUCUGUUGGCUAUUAACCCCUUUCAGAAUCUCGGUAUCUACACUGACAAGAUUAUGCGCAAGUAUGUCCGUAAUGGAGAUAAGCGUGCACUCGGACAAGAAGUGCCUGAUAUGCCGCCACACGUCUAUAGCAUUGCGGAUAAGGCUUACCGCUCGUUGAUGAAUCCAAUUGGACACAGUGCGCAUGGAGGUGCUGCUAACCAAUCAAUUUUGGUCAGCGGUGAAAGUGGUGCUGGUAAGACGGAAACUACCAAGUUUGUGAUGAAUUAUUUGGCAACCAUCUCGCAGCAUAAAGAUACAUCCGCGGACAGCAACGUCAUGCAGCAGGUGUUGUCGUCGAAUCCAAUUUUGGAAUCGUUUGGCAACGCGCGUACUAUUCGCAAUGACAAUAGUAGUCGUUUUGGAAAAUUUAUAAAGAUGGAGUUCUCGCUAGAAGGAAGCCUCAUUGGCGCUUCGAUCCAGACGUAUCUACUGGAGAAGGUGCGACUUUCUUACCAGGCUGAGUCGGAGCGUAAUUAUCACAUUUUUUACGAGAUCAUUGCUGGUGCGACCGAAGAGGAAAAGAAACGCUGGAAUCUGAAGACACCGACCAAAUACCGCUACUUGAAUCAGAGCACUUGCGUCAAGCGAAAGGAUGGUGUGAACGACGCGGAACAGUUUGGCGUUUUGAAGACCGCCAUGCAGACGAUGGGCUUCGAUAACGACGACAUGGAGAGCAUCUUCGUCACCAUAUCAGCUCUGUUGCACAUUGGAAAUCUAGAGUUUGACGAGACACACCAGGCUUCAGGUACUGAGGGAUCCGAGAUUUCUAACAUGUGCGAAGACUCGAUGAAGAUGGUGCUUGACUACCUGGAAGUCGACAAGCAGGGGCUUGAGCAGGCUAUUUGCAACCGCAACAUUCAAACGAAGGACGAACACUACUCUAUUGGCUUGCUACCGGACGCCGCUGAAAAUGCUCGUGACGCUCUUGCGCGAUUUCUUUACGGAAAGCUUUUUGACUGGCUCGUCAGCCGUAUUAACGAAAUUGUGGAAAACGAAAGCCGAGAUAUUCCGUUUAUAGGCCUGUUGGAUAUCUUUGGUUUUGAGGAUUUGGAGCACAACUCUUUUGAGCAACUAUGCAUUAAUUACGCCAACGAAACUCUGCAGCAGCACUUUAACCUAACUGUGUUGCGCAUGGAACAGGAGACGUACGAGAAGGAGAAAAUUGAGUGGAGCUUUAUUGACUUUCCGGACAAUGGUCCAUGCAUUGACCUGAUUCAUGGUAAGCCGUACGGUAUUCUUCCGGCUCUUGAUGAAGAGUGCAUUGUUCCGCAGGGUAAUGACCAGAACUUUUCACGAAAGCUUUACCGUCAACACGAGUUAAACCCACACUUCAGCUCGAGCAAGACAGAGAUGGCUAACCAUCUCUUCGUCGUGCAUCAUUACGCUGGUGCAGUCACGUACGAUACGUUUGGAUUUUGUGAGAAGAACAAGGACAUUUUGUACCCUGAGAUAACUGCUAUCAUCAAGAGAUCGUCGAAGCCAUUUGUGCGCGGACUGUUGCAGGUUUCAGUUGAGAAAAAGCCGUUCUCUAAAAAGUCAAAGGGCAGAGCCUCGAGUAUCGCUGCUCGCGUGAGCUUGGGUUUGCAGUUCCGAAAUCAGCUAAAGAAUCUGCUGGAAACUAUCAAUGUCACUGACUGCCACUACGUGCGCUGUCUAAAGCCCAACGAUAAGGCCAAGGCCAACCUGCUGAUGCCGAAGCGUGUGUGUGACCAACUGAAGGCUGGCGGUGUUUUGGAAGCUGUACGCGUCAACCGUGCUGGCUACCCGGUUCGUAUUGCCCACUUGCAGUUCAUUAAGCGCUACCGCCCGUUGGCGAAUGGCGAAUAUUUGCAGCGCAUUCCUGCUGCAGCAGCUGAAGAAGACUUUGAUAGCACUGAACGCAAGAACGCCGCAAGCUUGUUGGUAGAGUUCUUGCUAAAGGCACAUGCCGAUCGGUAUCCGGAGCUGGCAGGUGUGGCGUCGGAUACCCAACAGGCGAAUGUUGCUGGCAUCCAAGUUGGGCUUACUCGUGUUUUCUUUCGCCGCUCGGCCAUUCAGUUCGUGGAGGCACAGUUAGCCAAACGCUAUGGUGAGUUUGUGGUACUUAUCCAAGCUGCUGUCCGCGGCCUGAUUGCUCGUCGCCACUACGCUCGAAUGCAGGUGUCGGCUGUUGUCCUGCAGAAGGCGAUUCGUGGUUUUAUCACGCGAUGCCGAUUCUACGUGCUGCGCGAACGCCGCCGAGCGAAACAGGCCGAACUAUUGCGUCAAAAGCAGCUCGCUGAUAAAAAGCAGCUCGAGGAGGAGCGGCGUACUGCUGAAGAACAGCGUAUCAUGGAUGAGAAGCGCAAGACUGCUGAGCUUGAGGAGCAGAAUCGCCUUACUGCUCAGUCUGCGUCAUCUGACCCAGUGUCGGAUGACUCGUCGGACGGUGACCGUGGUUCAUCCGUGAAGCUCACAGAUUUGAACGAGGAAGCUGGUAACCGUGCAGUAUCCCGCUUCCGCUUCACCAAGGAAUAUGGUGAUGACGACUAUUCAAUGUUAAACUCCUCCCGCCAGGUUGCAAUGGACCCGGGUGACACUGUGCUGCACGUGGCUGCCAAUUGUUGCAAUGAGCAAGAUGUGCUAAAGCUGCUUCAGAACGGUUCUGACAUCAACGCUCGCAAUCGCCGAGGUCGUACCCCACUACACACGGCGUCCCUUUACCAGAACGUUGAGGUUGUUGGCAUUCUCCUGGACUGGGAGGUCGACGUUCUUGUUCAAGACGAUGAUGGCAACACGCCACUGCAUUUGACCAAGGAGCCGCGCAUUGCCCGAAUGCUGCUGGAAGCUGGCUGCACGCCUAACAUUGUGAACGCUGAUGGCCGAACUGCCCUGAUCAAUGCUGUGGACCGCGGUGAUGCCAAGACGGUGAAAUUGCUGCUGCACUUUAAGGCUGACGUGUUAUUCCGAGAGUUGAAGCAUCACCAGACAGCUUUACACUUGGCUGUCCGUAAGGGCCAGUACCAGAUCGUUAUGGAGCUGUGCAAGUCCGAUGAUAUUCAAGAUUUAAUUCUUUUGACAGAUCGCAACGAGAACAAUGCGCUUCAUUUUGCUGUGUCUCGAGAUCGCAAGAAUGGAUACCGCCUUGUCGAUUACUUGAUCAAGCACGGCGGUGAAGUUGACAAGGUGAAUGCGCGAUUCCAGACUCCGUUGGUGGUUCACAUUAUGACCACUCGCCAAACCGAUCCUGCGAUUACGGAACUAUUCCUUGCAAGAGGAGCCGACCCGAACAUUCAGCUGGCCGAUGGAUCUACGCUGCUGCACGUUGCCGUCGAGCGUGAACUGAUUGAUAUUGGUUGUUCACUAAUUAAGCAUGGUGCAUCGCUGAAUGCACCUGAUGCUAAGGGACGAAUGGUGAUCGAAGUGGCAAAUAAAAAGUUUCUGAAAAAACUAUUUAGCGCAAUUUCACAGCCACCUACGUGGAUUGACGAAAAGGAGCGACGGUCGUGCAUGCUGUGUGGAUCAAACUUUAAGUUUGGCAACCGACGUCACCACUGCCGACACUGUGGACGAGUAUGCUGUUCUGAUUGCUCAGCGUUCACUGUGGAGAUGCAUCGGUUUCCGAAGGAAUUUCCUGGGCGUAUGACUAAUGGUGGCAAGCAAGUGAAGGACCCACAGCGCGUGUGUCGGACGUGCCAUGCCGUGUUUAAGAUGCGAACAGCUCAGAAGGAAUCCACAUCGGGUUUUAUGGCACGCGUGCUCGGGUACGAGUGGGACGAGAUAAGUACUUCUAAUUGA